UUCACUACCAAAACCUUACCCUUAGCUGGCAGGCAGAUUUACUUGGCUCUAUACUUCUCUGAGCCCAAAAGUCUAGGUCGGACCAUGAAACGGUCGUUCAAUGUUUUUCUGGACGACAAGCAACUAAAUUCAGCUCCCAUCGUACCGGUUUUCGGGAAAGUUACAGAGUUGGUCGUAAGAGACAUCGUAGCCACUUGGCAGUCUAAGGUGAUCUUUCGAUCUACCAGCGACUCGAUGUUGCCUCCAAUCGUCAACGCUAUGGAGCUAUAUUCGAUAAGUAAGGGUGUCGGUGGUGAUUACGGAGGAGGAGGACAAAGCGGUGACGACCCUGAUGAUGAUCGUAACAAAGGUCGCGAAAAAAAGAAACCAAAACCAAACGAAGACGCUCGUUUAAAAUUUGAGGCAGCGAAGCAAGCUGCAACAGCAACACAGCAGGGGAAACCCAAGCCCAAGUUACGAGUCAUUCUUAGCGCUUCGUUGGCCUCUGCCUUUGCAGCUAUCUCAUCAGUGUUUUUGGCUAUUUUCUGUAAGAGGAGUCAAAAUGCUAAGUCCCAAUCCAACACGGAACCAGCCACGUCGACAGGGUCUGCAGCAGAGGCAGGGGUAGAACCGCUGGUCGGACAGCAAUUGGCGAGCGACAGUAAGCCACCCAGGAAAUGAUAAGACGGGUGUGGUUUGAUUCAAAUGUUGUUCAUCUAAAUGAUCACCAUCAGCUUGGAGCCGCCUAGACACCAUUGCCUUGAUGAAAGCUGUUCAAAUUAUUUGUUGAUGCAAAAAGGGUUCUUAAGUCAAAAAUAUAGUCAAAUAAAUGUAACUAACUAUAUAUUGUUGUUGUCAAAGUUUUGUGUGGGAGUUAAAAUGUUGUCAAUUUAAAUGAUAAUUUUUAAAUACUUCAAUAAUAUUCUAUUGCAAAGA